CCAACUGAUCAAAUCGGCGACACGAAGGCCGAUUCAGUUCGUUCGUCUUCGAAAAUGAAGAGGAAGGGGGAAAGAAGGGAUCUUGAUUCGAGUUCGUCGAAGAAGAAAAGAGUGCCCUUUGAUGUCCCAAAACAUGGAAUCGAGGAGAGCAGUGAUGAUGAUGGGGUGAGCUCUGCGGAAAAUCUAAGCUCGAAAGGUGAAGUUAACGCUGUUAAUGGAGGCAGCGCGCAAGCAAAUGAAUCUCAUUUCUCGAACACGAGGUUUGAUCAAUGCCCAAUUUCUUCAUUGUCGCUGGAGGGAAUAAAAGCAGCUGGGUAUGAGAAGAUGACUAUUGUGCAAGAAGCAACAUUGCCUGUCAUUCUUAAAGGAAAAGACGUCCUUGCGAAGGCAAGGACAGGAACAGGGAAAACAGCUUCUUUUCUGCUUCCAGCAAUUGAGGUUGUUUCCAAGUUGCCUCUUCUUGCUUGUGAUCGCAAAGGUUCCCCAAUUUUUGUUCUUGUGGUAUUGCCGACUCGAGAACUUGCAACUCAAGUGGCAACAGUGGCUAAUACACUAACAAAGUAUCACUCGUCUAUCAGUGUACAAGUUAUAACAGGUGGCACAAAAAUAAGUGCAGAACAGAAGAGGCUACGAACCAAACCAUGCCAGAUUCUUAUAGCGACACCUGGAAGGCUUACCGAUCACAUUAAAAACACAGCGGGAUUUUCUGCUCAGCUUAAGCAUCUGAAGGUCCUGAUUCUUGAUGAGGCGGAUCGUUUGCUAGAUAUGGGCUUUAGGAAAGAUAUUGAGAAAAUUAUUGCUGCUGUUCCUACUGAAAGACAAACACUUCUCUUCUCUGCCACGGUUUCAAAUGAGGUUCGCCAUAUUUGUAAGAUUGCCAUGAAAAAUGAUCAUGAGUACAUUAAUACAGUCGAAGAAGGAACUGAGGAAACACAUGCACAGGUUAGUCAGAUGCAUUUGGUUGCACCACUAGGUGAUCAUUUCCCAAUACUAUAUUCGAUUUUGUCUGAGCAUAUUUCAGAUGAUUCUGACUACAAGGUUAUUAUAUUUUGUACAACUGCAAUGGGCACGAGGCUUGUUGCUAGUCUUCUCUCUCAGCUGCGUAUGAAUGUUCGUGAGAUACAUUCUAGAAUGAACCAGAACAAAAGAAACAGGGUUUCCGAAGAGUUCAGGAAAUCAAAAAGUCUUAUACUUGUGAGUUCUGAUGUUUCUGCUAGGGGUGUAGAUUAUCCAGACAUUUCCCUUGUUGCACAGCUUGGAGUGGCAGCUAGUAGAGAGCAAUACAUACACAGACUUGGUAGAACUGGCCGAAAGGGUAAAGAAGGAAAAGGCAUAUUGAUUUUGGCACCUCAAGAGAAGUACUUCCUGUCUAAGAUCAAGGAUUUACCUUUGGCAGAGGCUUCAAUCCCUACGGUUGACCCAAACGUCAAAAAGAAAGUGAAACAAGCACUGUCAAAUGUAGAUAUGCAGACCAAGGAAUCAGCAUAUCAAGCAUGGCUCGGCUACUACAAUGGAGAUAAGUUUGUUGGAAAAGACAAGAAUAACCUUGUAAACCUUGCAAACGAGUACAGCCGAAGCAUGGGACUUGAAAUUCCUCCGGCAAUACCCAGAAAAAUAUUGUCUAAGAUGCAUUUGGGCUUGAAUAUCCCAGGAUUGCGUUCAAAGUAGAGAGUUCUAUAGCCUCGUUCGUCCCAUUGCUAUCUUUUACAAGUAAAGAGUUUUGAUACCUUUUCCAAUUUUCCCCCCUUGUAAGAGACUUUAACAUCUUGAGUAGCUACUCCACAACCAUUGGAGAUUUACUACUCAAGUUAUAUCCGGAAAGUUGAAUGUAUUUUGAGUUGUAAACCAAAUAUUUGCGCCUAAUUAUGAUUGGAUUAUUUUAUGCUAUGAUCCAGUGGAGGUUUUUUUA